GUCAUCGCGCUCGCUGACACAGCGCGCGCAUGGCAGCAUUGGGCACUUAUGCAUUGACCGCCGCAAUCGUUUGCAGCAGCAUUUCCGUAUGGGUGGCGUUGUGUCUCGCGGCGUGGGCACAUCCACCCCGGAAUCGAAGGAGCCCAAGACCGAGCCCGAGCCGAAGACGGCGCUGCUGGAUCGCGUGGUGGACAAACUCAAUGAAUCCAUUAAGAAGCAUCCGGCCGAGACCAUUGCUGUGCUCUUUGCCUCUGAUAUUGGCAGCAUCGGCGCAAUGUAUGGCAUCAUCUCGCUGACGGGGCUUAAAUUCUCGCCGGAAUUCGCCUUGGCGUUCGCUGCCAGUCGCCCCUUCCGUCGCUUCCGUCUGCCGUUGGACUUGGCGGUUGCUGCUGGCGCUGCUAAGGUUUUCCCUGCCUUGUCCAAAGUGCGCCUGUCGGACCUGACGGGUGCUCUACCAAAUCGAGCAAACACCUCUACCGUGUCUACAGCCUCGAGUCCCGGCUUCAUGACCAAGGCCAUGGACACUGCUAAGGAGGUGGUCGACAGCUACGGCGCUGCGUACUUGAUGGGAUCCCGUCUGGCUGGCGUUGGCGUGGUCUGCUCGCUGUACGCCCUCAUCAAACAAGGAGUGGAUGUCAUGCCGAUCCUGGCCUCGCUAGGCAUGGGAGAGGUGGGCGAAGCGCUCGGCGGUUAUGCUGCGGCAGUAGUUUUUGGGAGCGCUAUCUACCCAAUGACAUUGGGCAUCUCGGGUUACAUCGUGCCUGUUGUAGCCAAGCUGCGCAGGACGAUCAUGCCGUGA